AUGGAAGAACUUCCUCCCAUUGCAAGUCUGCAAACAUCACUGGCUCCUCCUUCGCUCCCACUAGAAUCAGGAUUGACGGGCCAUGAUGGAACAGGCACUGACUGGAUUGACUCCAAUUGUACGGAUUACAUUGACGCACUGUUACCUCCACAAAUAUCGCAAGAGCCUCUCAUGUUAUGCCCUACGGAAAAUGGCAUACCUCUGGACAUCAAGAUGCUAGACCAAGGAUCAUCAUCAGUCUCUCCCAACAUGCGUUCACCCAAGGGACAGGUUGUACGGCCUGUCGUCAAUAAUUUUCUCACCGAACGGUGCUCAAUCUCAAAACUUACACAAAAGCGCGCUCCAAAAGCGCCAACCAUAUCUGCGAAGAAAUGGGAACUCCACAGAGACCGGAUAAGGCAACUUUACGUCACCCAGAAAAAGACUAUUAAAGAGGUGCGAGAUGUGAUGAAUAAAGAGCUCGGAUUACCUGCCACGAUACGUCAAUACAAAGUCCAAAUCCAACGAAUGAACAUCAUCAGAAAUACCAAAUCAAACGAAUGCAGAGCUGUGGUAAAGCACGUCCGUUACCGAGCAACACGGAUGAGCAAGACUACCGGCUACAUUAGAGUCAGAGGUCAUGAUAUAGAUAAAGAAAAACUGUCUCGUUGGUCUAAAGAAUAUCUUAAGGAUAAAUCCACAUCGCGUUCCAAUACCCCUUCCUCUCUACCAAGCUUCAUAAGCUUACACACAAAGUCUGUCUCUGAAGGACUAGAUCAAUUAUCGUUAAUUGGCUUAAAAGAUCGGUACAUAGCAGAUGAUACUACGAGCAGGAGAACAAUAACAGAUAGCCUUGUGCAAAGACUUCUUAGGUAUAGAGAAAGUCCCAACCAUAUCAUACAAUCACAAACGGCACGGGAAAUAUUCAACGAUCUUCAGCAAGUUCUAAGAGAUGAUUAUUUUACCAGCCACCCUGCCGAGAAAGAUUGGAAUCCAAGAGUGCUGGAAGAUGUCAUGCAAGUUCGAAAUCUGAUGAAUGUGACCCAAAAGCUUACGAUAGCCGACAACCUACGGGACACUAGCAAUCUUUUACCGGUUCUUGAUAGCGACAACACAGAGAGCGAUUUGUCAGAACUCAGUAGCAGGCACGCAUCUUGGAUAACCCCCUAUGGGAGAGUUCAAGCAUCAUUCUGGUCCGUGUCUAAAGAGAGGACCCCAAACAACGGGAUGAAUGCACUUAUGAAAACAGCGAAUGAGGUUUUCGCUGCUAAAUUAUCAAUUGUGCAGAAUGACAUGGUGUCAUCUCCUUUCAGGCUGGUAUUCGACUUCAGUCCACGCCACGACCCAGCCAUAACACUUGCAUAUCAACCACUGGUUCCGAGUGACUCAGUAGUUUUCAAAGUUGCACGUUACGGGGAAGUCAGCAGGUUAAUUGAGCUUUUCCAAAAGCGUAAAGCAACGUUAAAAGAUCAUGAUGAGGAAGGACGCUCACUUCUUCACUAUGCAGUCAUUGAACCGAAUCUCGACAUGUGUAGGUUUCUGUUGUAUAAGAGAGCGGAUGCAAAUGAGAUUGGACCUGAAUCAAAUAGAUAUCUGGGGCCGAUGAAUAUGUUGAGAACUUCGAAUGAGCCUAGAGACAUUGAAACUCAGAAACAUGCUGGAUGCUUGUUACUACUCUUAGAAGCCGGUGCAGACCUUUCGUUGACGAUGAAUUUCGGAGAGCGCAUAUGGGAAACUGCUUUUAUGUAUAGUGUUUCAUCUUAUCCACUGGGAAUCGUAAAACGUAUGGUCGACUAUGGCCGACCCUUCAUCAAAUCAAACGGAAUAUACACGUCGGUUGAUGGAGAAUGCUCCGCACUUUCGAUCCUCGCAAAUCGCUGUGGAUAUUACCUGAGCGAUUCGAUCGAUAUUGUUGACAAAGCCAUUCUUUUGCUAAAACACAAAGCCGAUGUGUCUUGGCGUGAUCGCGAGGGGAAUACGGUCCUUCACACAGUUCUCCGAAGCGUGCGAUUACACGAGAGAAUGGCGAAAACAGAUGCUCAGCUGCAAUCCUCCCAGCAACUUCACAAUUGGCAGCUGUCUUUGGAAGCACCAAAAGAUCUUCUUAUGGCUUUUAUAACUGCGGGUGCCGAUGUAUACUCUAUCAACAAUCAUGGCGAAACCCUUUUUAUGACUGCUUCAAACUAUGGGCGUGAAAGAGAAUGGUCCGAAGCUCUUGAAUCAUGCGGCUUUGAGCCAGAAGAGAUCUGGACACUCGGUGCUAUCUAUCCUCCUGCAUUCGAGCUUCAGGCACCCACGUUGCCGUUCGAGAAAUAUUGUCAGUUGCGCCAACAAGGACAAUUUUGUGAGGGUUCUCGUCAAGACCAAACAGAAUACGACGAUAAUCAGGGCCAAACUGAACAGGUUAAUGCCUGUGAAGAGCAUGAUAGUUCAAGCGACAAGCCUCAACCAGUGGGAGCCGUGGUCAAUCAAGAAGUGCACCAGUUUGGUAUAGGUGUGGACAAUGCUAACGAAGGAUGGGUACCAGGGAAUCUCAAUUACGAGAAUUGGCUCGACAAUGGUUUAAAUUAUAUGAACAGCUACAAAUUCGCAUAG